AUGGCGCUCCUCAACCCCGUCUACGCCUUUGUCGUGCCAUUUCUCUUCGUCGUUACUGUUCCUUUGGCUCUGUUUGCCGGCGUCACCACCACAAUCGCCUUUUCCGUCCUCAUCCUCCGUGUCCUCGCUGUCUACAUUGACGUCGCUCUGUCCUUCGUUCCUCAUUACCUGGGUGGCCGCAAGACUCGCCCCUACCAUCCUCACAAUUACCGUCCUCAUCACCAAUUCCUCGACGCUCCUGCUCCAGGCUCGCUCUUUAAUAAUACGUCUCCCUCAUCGUCUGGAUCGACGGCUCUCGAGUCCUGUCUUCGACGUCGGCGUCAUCGACGAAGUUCCAGCGCUCUGUCCACUGCCGGCACAGUCACGCCCGUCAGUGAAAAGGCAUUCGGCCUGGUUCCAAGCAUUGGCCCAGACAGAGACUUUGAAGGUGUUGGAGGAUGGCGUCUUGGGGGUGAUGACGAGACAUGGACAACCAUCAACUCGCGCCUUGAACUACCAGACAAGCAGCACCACGGCCGGAACCACCAUCGCUCGCCCUCUGGUCCUACAACUCCAGGCGAGGGCGGAUACCUCAUGAUGAAGGGCCGCGCACCGAGUCCAACAAAACGCACAUCGGCUUCUCCAAACAGCUCCCGAACGAGGACGCCGUCAGGCCCUCGCAUCGGCUUUGGGAACAAGUCAUUUGUCGACAGCUACUUUCCCACCCUCAAGACCUCGCCCAAGGGUAUCAAGAGACUCCCAGCACAGGGUCUUGUCGACGCCUAA